AUGGACUAUAAAGCCCUUGCCCAACAAACUGUCCAAGAACUUAUAGGCUACAAUCAAGACACAUCAGGCUGGAAAGUGGUUAAAACUGCAAAAAAGAUCACUGUGUACAGCAAGCCUUCCAAAAAGUUCCUUGGAAAUCUAUACCGUGUUGAAGGAAUAAUUCCAGAGUCAACUUCCAGACUAUCUGAUUUCCUCUACAAACCUGAAAACAGAGUUACAUGGGAUAAAUCACUGAAAGUAUACAAUAUGGUACAAAAGAUUGAUCCGGAUUCAUUCAUAUGUCACACCAUUACGCAAAGUUUUGCCAUGGGCUCAGUCUCCCCUAGAGACUUUAUCGACCUGGUAUACAUCAAACACUGUGAAGGAAAUGUGGAUGUUAUCAGUUAUAAACUUAAAAGUUCUUCCUUUGCUUUCAGGAACCCAGCACAUUCCAAAUUGGUGAUGUUUGUUCAGACAGAAAUGAAAGGAAAAUUGUCCCCAUCCAUAGUUGAAGCAACGUUGCCUUCCAACUUAAUAAGCUUCAUUCUCAGUGCAAAAGACGGAAUACAGGUUCAUAGAACUGCAGGACGUGGAUAUCAUCAUAAUGGUCAUUCAUCAUUCCUAAAGAAGAAAUGAGCUGCUCUGCUUUAGACUCACAUUUGGCAUUUAGUUUACCUCUAAAUUGAUACGCAUCAAUAUUGUUGACCUCUUCAAGACUAUUCUUAUACAACAUACUGAAGGUACUUUGUGAAAAUAAGAACUCAUAGUUGUAUAAGAAAACAACAUUAAAUAUAGUUUUAAUCUGCUUUGAGUGGAUGUUAACUCACAAGUGUUCUCAUGCCCUUUUAUCUUUUCUUUCCCACCCCACCCCCAAAAAUUGCUCUGCAAAAGAAUCAGUAAGAAAGUGCAUACAGCCAGAGGUCAGUAUUAAAGAUGA